UUGUACGAUAGUCAAGUGAUAGAUAGUCGCGCGGUAUACCUCAUCGCGAUCGUGUCUCUUGCAUUUUUAUUUCUUUUUCCAUUUUUUACGUUACAUACGAACUAUAAAUCUUUUAUACAUUACGCGAAAUUUCUACCGCGAUACAAUUUUUAAAACUACAAGGUCAUUCCUCAUAAAGUGUUUCCUAUUCUGUGGUGUUGCAAAUCGACACGAGUUUUACCUGUUUUUUUGGUUUCUUAUCUAAGUGUCGAUACUAAAUAUAAAUUAUAUAUUCACUUACAACGUAAAGUAUAGUAACGUGGAAGUGAUAAAUAGAACUCAAUGAAUUAACUGGACAGUUCUCGAGUCAACAAUCUUAUCACUUUAAAGGUAAAGGCGAAUAAAUUGAAGUGAAGAAAAAAAAAAAAAUAAAAAUCAGAGAAACAUAGUAGAAGUGUAAAUCAUGUCGAGGCGUCCAAGCGUUUCCAUUUACGAUUAUCCGGAGCAUCUAAAUCCUUUCAAUGACGACACUACAAACCCUCCUACCUCGCAUCCACGUUUGCAGCGUGAAAAUAGCAAGAGCUCGGCCAAAGAGAUAAAACAUAAAUUUUGGACCUUCGGAAGAAGCAGGAAAAAAAGGUCGAACAGUUUUUCCAUCAAAUCGACAUGGAACGGAUUAUUUGGUAAACGGAAGGAACCGGAUCAAGCUGAGAAAAGAUCGACGAUCAUAACAGUUUCGUCUGCUUAUAAAAGAGAACCAUUCGAUAGGCCGAUAGCACCGUCACGAAUUUCAAAAGAUCAACAAGAAUUUGAUGAAGCUUUAGGAACUCUUGUUAGAAGAAGAAAAUACACAAUGGACAAUAGUGGUUCCAGAUAUAGCUCUAGUCUUACAGUCAACGGAGAUCCUGCAAGAAUCUAUGAUGGUAGUCCUCAGGAUACAACAACGUCCAUUAUGGGUGAUCUUACUCCUAAAGCACCAGCUAGAAGAUUUGGACAAGUAAGUCCAAGACCGACUGAUAAGAUACCACCAUUAAAUUUCGAAGAUAAAGAAUCGAAAGAAAAUGGGGCGGUCACGUUGCGUGAAACAUCAUUCGAAAAAACCCCAGUACCACCGAUACGAAGGUCUGCUACCAGAUCAUCGCAGAGGUUAAACAUGAGUAACUUGGAUUUGGAAGAAGAAACUAGCAGAUCGGGUGACGUUACGUUGAGAGAUGAAAACGAAAAUGUUCCUGAAGACUAUGUUUUUAAAAGAUUUGGACAGGAUUCUGUAAGAAGAUCGAACAUAUCUAUAAACAGUUGUGUAUCCAUUGGUAGCACAGCUAGUGGCUAUGGACGGAAAAAACGUAGGGCACCACAGCCACCACGACGUGCAGAACAAUUGAAAACUCCAGAGGAAAACGAAAUCAAACAAACACCGGAUACUUCGAAUGUAGAAUCGGAAAUUACCGAAUCGAUCGACAUCAGUAGAGUCACGGAGAAUAUUGAUGAAAUGACAAAAAGAAAUCAGGAAUUGAUAGAAACUUCAAAGGAGAAUAAAGAAAGUAGUGUUCAGUUAACUUCCAAAAACGAAACCAUUACACAAAAUGUUACUGAAAAGUCUGAAGAAAUUGUUAAAGAACCUAUCAUAUUGGAAAACAUAAAAAGCGAUGACAAAAAUGUAAAAUCAGAAGAAAACCAGAGGUCACUUGUUGAAGAAAGAGAAGAAAAAGAAGAAAGAGAAGAAAGAGAAGAAAGAGAAGAAAAAGAAGAAAAAGAAGAAAAAGAAGAAAAAGAAGAAAAAGAAGAAAUCAAAGAGCCUUGCAAUAAGGAGACUAGUCAUGAAGAAAAUCAAACAAAUAAGGAUAAUAACGUUGUUAUCGAAUAUUGUAGAAAGGAAGAGGAUAAGGUAGAAAUAAUAAAAGAUAUAAAUGAAAUUAAUUCGAAAACUGAAUUAGAAGUAUGUAUACGAAGAAAAAACUCAGCCGAUAGAUUAUCUCGAGAGGAAAGUUUUUCUGUUCAAGAGGAAAUAAAAAAAAUAGAAAAACAAAUUCAAGCUCUAGAAUCGAAAAAUUCAUCGAAAGAUUCGACGGACGAUAUAACAGCGGAUCAUACUUCUAAUACUAGAUUAUCCAUUUUAGCAAAUCGUAGGCACUUUUUUCAAAACAUGGUUGAUACCAAAGAAUAUAAAGAUGGUGUUAAAAUAGAAUUUAAAGAAUUACCACGUGAACAAAAAGAUAUUCAUGUUAUCAAAUUAACAGAUUCUCCUGUACCCGUUGAAGCACCUAAAGAUCCAGUCAAAGUUAUCGAAUUACACAUUUCCGAACCGAUCAGACAAAGACCAGAAAUAUUGGAUGAUGUUAAUCCUAUACCCAAACCUAGAAGGCACGUUUCAUUGAGUCACAAUGAUUUCGAACGUUCCGUAAUUCCAAGAGAAAGAAGCAGAAAUUCCGAAUCUUUCGAUAAAAGAGGGAAAUCUGUUUAAGCAUGAUUUAGUAGUAUAAAAUUGUAUAAACAAUUCAUUGGUAAUUAAUAUGUAACUUCUGUGUACCUUUUACUCUCGAUGAAUGAAAGAACAAAUGGAUAAAUUUGCAAUGCGAGAGCGAUAAAAGUAAUCGUAUAAAUAUAAUAUAUAUGUGCCUUUAAUUCGUGCUUUAAAAUGUAUAUUGUGAUAAAUAUCUAUAUUAAU